AGACGUUCUUCGCCAAGAGUCGCCGCGGUUUCCUGCUUCAACAGUGCUUGGACGGAACCCAGCGCUCGUCCCCCACCCCGGCCGGCCGCCUACAGCCAGCCCUCCGUCACCUCCACACCGUGUCCUCGGAUCGUCCCAAGGCCCCCGCCUCUCCAGCGCCGCGCAGCCACCGCCGUCGCCGCCUCUCUUUAACCGCCGCCAUGACGACCGCAUCACCUUCACAGGUGCGCCAGAACUACCACCAGGAUUCAGAGGCCGCCAUCAACCACCAAAUCAACCUGGAGCUCUACGCCUCCUAUGUUUACCUGUCCAUGUCUUACUACUUUGACCGAGAUGAUGUGGCUUUGAAGAACUUUGCCAAGUACUUUCUUCACCAGUCUCAUGAGGAGAGGGAACAUGCCGAGAAACUGAUGAAGCUGCAGAACCAACGAGGUGGCCGCAUCUUCCUCCAGGAUAUCAAGAAACCAGACCAUGAUGACUGGGAGAGCGGGCUGAAUGCGAUGGAGUGUGCAUUACAUUUGGAAAAAAAUGUGAAUCAGUCACUACUGGAACUGCACAAACUGGCCACUGACAAAAAUGACCCCCAUUUGUGUGACUUCAUUGAGAUGCAUUACCUGAAUGAGCAGGUGAAAUCCAUCAAAGAAUUGGGUGACCACGUGACCAACUUGCACAAGAUGGGAGCACCCCAAUCUGGCUUGGCAGAAUAUCUCUUUGACAAGCACACCCUGGGAGACAGUGAUAAUGAAAGCUAAGCCUUUGGCUAAUUUGGCUAAUUUCCCCAUAGCCACAGGGUGACUUCCUGGUCACCAAGGCAGUGCAUGCAUAUUGGGGUUUCCUUUACCUUUUCUAUAAGUUGUACCAAAACAUCCACUUAAGUUCUUUGUACCAUUCCUUCAAAUAAAAAAAUUUGGUACCAAAAAAAAAAAAAAAAAAAUGAUUUGGGAAGCAUUCCCUCUUUUUGGAUUGUUUGGAAUAUUUUCAGAAGGAAUGGAAACAGCUUUUCUUUGUAUGUCUGGUAGAGUUCUGCUAUGAACUCAUCUGGACGUGGGCUUUUUUUGGGUGGUAGGCUCUUAAUCGCUGCCUCAACUUCAGCCUUUGUUAUUGGUCUAUUCAGAGUUUCGACUUUUUCCUGAUUUAGGCUUGGGAGGAUGCAAGUGUCCAGGAAUUUAUCCAUUUCUUCCAGGUUUGCUAGUUUAUGUGCAUAGAGUUGUUUGUAAUAAUCUCUGAUGAUGGUUUGAAUUUCUGUGGAAUCUGUGGUGAUAUCCCCUUUAUCAUUUUUUAUUGCAUCUAUUUGAUUAUUCUCUUUCCUUUUUGUUAAUCUGGCUAGUGGUCUAUUUUGUUUACCUUUUCAAAGCACUAGCUCCUGGAUUUACUGAUUUUUUUGAAGGGUUUUUUGUGUCUCUAUCUCCUUCAGUUCUGUUCUGAUCUUAGUUAUUUCUUGUCUUCUGCUAGCUUUUGAGUUUUUUUCUUGCUCCUCUAGCUCUUUCAAUUUUGACAAUAGGGUGUCGAUUUUAGAUCUUUCCUUGCUUCUCAUGUGGGUAUUUAUUGCUGUAUAUUUUCCUCUAGACACUGCUUUAAAUGUGUCCCAAAGAUUCUGGUACGUUGUGUCUUCAAUCUCGUUGGUUUUGACGAACAUCUUUAUUUCUGCCUUCAUUUCAUUGUUUAUCCAGUCAACAUUCAUGAGCUAAUUGUUCAGUUUCCAUGAAUCUGUGCAGUUCUGAGUUAAGUUUCUGAAUUCUGAGUUCUAACUUGAUUGCCCUGUGGUCUAAGAGGCUGUUUGUUAUGAUUUCCAUUCUUUUGCAUUUGCUGAGGAGUGAUUUACUUCCAAUUAUGUGGUCACUUUUAGAGUAGGUGUGAUGUGGUGCUGAGAAGAAUGUAUAUUCUGUGGAUUCUGGAUGGAGAGUUCUGUAAAUGUCGAUCAGGUUUGCUUUCUCCAGGUCUGAGUUCAAGUCCUGGAUAUCCUUGUUAAUUUUCUGUCUGGUGGAUCUGUCUAAUACUGACAGUGGAGUGCUAAAGUCUCCCACUAUUAUUGUGUGGGAGUCGAAGUCUCUUUGUAAUUCAUUAAGAACUUGCCUUAUAUAUCUGGGUGCUCCUGUAUCGAGUCCAUAUAUAUUUAGGAUCGUUAGGUCUUCUUGUUGUAUUGAUCCUUUUACCAUUAUGUAAUGACCUUCUUUGUCUCUUUUGAUCUUUGUUGCUUUAAAGUCUAUUUUAUCAGAGACGAGAAUUGAAACUCCUGCUUUUUUUUGCUGUUCAUUUGAUUGGUAGAUCUUCCUCCAUCCCUUUAUUUUGAGCCUUUGUGUAUCCUGGCAUGUGACCUGUUUCCUGGAUACAGCACACUAAUGGGUUUUGGUUUUUUAUCCAAUUUGCCAGUCUGUGUCUUUUGAUUGGUGCAUUUAGCCCAUUUACAUUUAGGGUUAAUAUUGUUAUGUGUGAAUUUGAUCCUGCCAUUUUGAUGCUAGCUGGCUGUUUUGCCCGUUAGUUGAUGCAGUUUCUUCAUUUUUGUUGAUGCCCUUUACCAUUUGGUAUGUUUUUGGAGUGGCUGGUACUGGUUGUUCCUUUCUAUGUUUAGUGCUUCUUUCAGGAGCUAUUGUUAAGCAGGCCUGGUGGUGAUGAAAUCUCUGAGUAAUUGCUUGUUCAUAAAGGGUUUUAUUUCUCCUUCGCUUAUGAAGCUUAAUUUGGCUGGAUAGGAAAUUCUGGGUUGAAAGUUCUUUUCUUUAAGGAUGUUUAAUAUUGGUCCCCACUCUCUUCUGGCUUGUAGGGUUUCUGCUGAGAGAUCUGCUGUUAGUCUGAUGGGCUUCCCUUUGUGGGCAACCUGACCUUUCUCUCUGGCUGCCCUUAGUAUUUUCUCCUUCAUUUCAACCCUGGUGACUCUGACGAUUAUGUGCCUUGGGGUUUCUCUUCUUGAGGAAUAUCUUUGUGGUGUUCUCUGUAUUUCCUGGACUUAAAUAUUGGCCUGCCUUGCUAUGUUUGGGAAGUUUUCCUGGUUAAUAUUCUGAAGAGUAUUUUCCAGCUUGGAUUCAUUCUCUCCUUCACAUUCAGGUAUACCUAACAAACCUAGAUUAGGUCUUUUCACAUAGUCCCAUAUUUCUUGGAAACUUUGCUCAUUUCUUUUUACCCAUUUUUCUCUAAUCUUGCCUUCACAUUUUAUUUCACUGAGUUCAUCUUCAACCUCUGAUAUCCUUUCUUCUUGGUCAAUUCAGCUGUUGAAACUUGUGUAUGCUUCACGAAGUUCUUGUGUUGUGUUUUUCAGCUCCAUCUGUUCAUUUUUAUUCCUCUCUAAGCUGUUUAUUCUCAUUAGCAUUUUGUCAAAACUUUUUUCAAGGUUCUUAGUUUCUUUGCACUGGGUUAGAACAUGUUCAUUUAGCUCAGAGAAGUUUAUACCCACCUUCUGAAGCCUGUUUCUGUCAAUUCAUCAGACUCAUUCUCCAUCCAGCCUUGUUCCCUUGCUGGUGAGGAGUUGUGAUCCCUUGGAGGAGGAGAGGCAUUCUGGUUUUCGAUAUUUUCAUCGUUUUUGCACUGGUUUCUUCUUAUCUUUGUGGAUUUAUUUAUCUUUGGUCUUUGUAGUUGUUAUCUUUGGGAUGAGAUCUCUGAAUGGGUGUCCAGUUUGUUGAAGAUUAAGUUAUUUCUUUCUGUUUCUUAGUUUUCCUUCUAACAGUCUGGCCCCUCUGCUAUAGGACUGAUGAGGUCUACUCCAGGCCCUGCUUGCCUGGGGAUCACCUGCAGCAGCUGCAGAACAGUAAGGGUUGCUGCCAGUUUCUUCUUCUGCUAUGUUUGUCCUAGAAGGACACCUGCCAGAUGUCAGUCCGAGCUCUCCUUUAUGAGGUGACUCUUUGGAUAUAUGGGGGUCAGGGAGCUGCUUGAGGAGACAGUUUGUCCUUUAUAGGAGCUCAAGUGCUCAGCUGUGAGCUCCAUUGUUCCAUUCCGAGCUGCUGGGCAGGUAUGUUUAAGUCUGCUGCAACAGAACUCAUAAACACCUUUUUUUUUUUUCUGCUGAGGUGCUGUCCCGGCGAGGUAGGGCUUUCUUUAUAAGUUUCUGUUGUGCUGCUGCAUUUUUUCAGUGCUGCCCUGGCCAGCGAGGAGGCAGCCUAGUGACAGUCUGCCUGCAGAGGCUUUGCUGAGCUGCUGUGGGCUCUUCCCAGCUGCCCUGUGAACUUCCCUACAGUCCUGUUUAUAGGGAUAUAGUUAGAACUGCCUCAGCAAUGGCGACCCUCCUCUGUAAUGGCAGACUCUCUCUAUGAUGGUCGACUGCCUCGUCAAUGGCGGACUACCUUGCUAAUGGCAGAUGCCCCUCCCCACAGAGCUGGACCAUCCUGGGUUCAGCUGUGCUUGCUGUGAAACUCUCAAUCCAGAGCGUUUCAGAUUACUGUUUUUUGUGGGGGUGGGACUGGCUGAGCCUGAUCACCUGGCUCCUGGUCUUAGACCCCCACCCCUUUUUUUUUUCAGUUGACUCUGUCUCCUGGGCAUGCCAGUCACCAGUUGAAACAGUGCCUGGGUUUGUGUGAUUUCUUGUGUGUAGACCUGGUGCACUGGCUGAAACAGCUGCUGGAGACUUGUGGUGCUUUUUUGCUGGGGAAUCUCCUUGCCUGGCUCACUGUUUCAGUCCCCUUUUUUUCAGUUGAAUGGGCAACUCUUUCUCUCAGGUGUUCCAGUCACCAGUUGAAAAGGCGCCCAGAUUUGUGUGAGAUUUUGUGCAGAGACCCGCUGAGCCAGCUAAAAGAGUCGCUCUGGGGGCUCGUGGCACUUUUUUUCCUGGGAAUCUUCUUGCCUGGCUCCCAGUUUCCCUCCCCUUUUUAUCAGUUGAAUGGGCGACUGUGUCUCCCAGGCAUUCCAGUUGCCUGUUCAAAAGGCGCCGGGAUCUUUGUGAUUUCCCGAGCGGCGACCCACUGCACCAGCUGAAACAGCCACAUGGAGAUUCGUGGUGCUUUUUUGCCCGGGAAUCUCCUGGCCUGGCUACCUGUUUCAGUCCCCUUUUUAUCAGUUGAAUGGGCGACUCUGUCUCCCAGGUGCUCCAGUCACCAGCUAAAAGGCGCCUGGACCUGUGUAUUUUGUGCAGAGACCUGCCACGCUGGCCAAAACAGCUGCACUGGCGACCCGUGGGGCUCCUCCACCUGGAAAUCUCCUGGUCUGAGGGCAAUAAAAAUCUGUCUGGAAAUGCGAUGUCCACUAACCCUCCACGUUCUCGCUGGGAGCUGCGAUCCUGAGCUGCUCCUAAUUGGCCAUCUUGGAUCCCCCUAUGUGAAUAUUUCUCUGGUCGUAUUGAUCUCUUCUACCUUUGACACGUAGCAGUAGAAUUUCAUUCAUUUAAUAGUUCAUACCUUGUAGUGUUGAGUAGAAUUUCAUUCAUUUGAUAGUUCAUACCUUGUAGUGUUGGUCAUCUUUGCCUCAGCUGAAUUAUAAACUCUACAAGGACAGAAUUAAGAUAUAUAUAUUUUCAAUUUAGUUCCCCUUUUUUUUUAUUCUUCAGAGAAGGAAAUAGGUUCUGUGCCCUUUUUUUUUUUUUGAAACAGAGUCUUGCUCUUUUGUUUAGGCUGGAGUGCAGUGGAUGUGAUCUCGGCUCACUGCAACCUCUGAUUCCCAGGUUCAAGUGAUUCUCCUGCUUCAGCAGGAGAAUCCUGAGUAGCUGGGAUUACAGGCGCCUGCCACCAUCCCCGGCUAAUAUUUGUAUUUUUAGUAGAGAUGAGGCUUAACCAUGUUGGCCAGGCUGGUCUCGAACUAGUGACCUCAAGUGAUCCACCGUGUUGGCUUCCCAAAGUGCACCUUCUAAACCAGAACCUAACAAAUAAAAAAUAAUAAGGUCGGGUGGGGUGGCUCAUGCCUGUAAUCCUAGCACUUUGGGAAGCUGGGGCACGUGGAUCGCCUGAGGUCAGGAGUUCAAGACCAGCCUGGCCAACAUGGUGAAAUGUCAUCUCUACUAAAAAUGCAAAAAUCUGCUGGAUGUGGUGGCCCACGCCUGUGAUCCCAGCCACUCAGGAGGCCUAGGCAGGAGAAUCACUUGAACCUGGGAGGGGGAGGUUGCAGUGAGCUGAGAUGAUACCAUUGCAUUCCAGGUUGGGCAACAAAGCAAAAUUCCAUCUAAAAAAAAAAACCAUAAAAAAUAAUAAAAA